AUGGGAGUGCCGCACGUGGAUGUGGGUGUGGGGUGCGGAGUGGGGUUCGGCCAUGGCUUUGGAGCCGGUGUUGCCCUCAAGCCACAAGCUCUGGCUUCUCUGCUGCAGUCUGCACAGGCCGUGGCAUCUCGCCUCAUCUCACACAUCCCUCAAGAGCAUCGCUCUCAUGCCACCGCAGCACUUAGCAGCUCCAUACCAGCUCUCAGCAGCUCUAUUCCAGCACUUAAUGGUGCAGCAGAGAGGACAAGGGAGGGUCACAAUAUAGCUGUCAAUGUGGUGGGGUCAGAACGAGUUGCAUCAGAAAGCUAUCCCGGUGCCUUAAGAACCGACUCCGGCCCUUCAGGGACUUACGUUGGUGCCUUAGGAGCCAGCUCUAAUUUUCCUUUUGCUGCUGCGAAUCGCGCUGGCGGCACCGGCAAUUCUGGUCCUGCUGGUGCCUACUUGCCUGAUGUGGAUCAAGUCAAGGCACAGAACCUCAUCAUGCUAUCUAUCCUGGAGCAGCAGGCUGACAUUCGUCGUCUCACCCAGCAGGUGCAAGCUCUGCAGGAGCAGCAGCACCAAGAGGUCGACAGGACCCGUUGCUUUGACUGCCGACAAAAGUCUAGGCGGAGAACAAAAAGUGGCAAAUGA